CAGUUUUUCUUGCGUUUCUUUUAUAACCCUUUUCUUCUUUUUUCUUCAAAAAGGAUUUUUCUUCUUUAACACAUAUUCCCUGGGAGAGAGUAUUUUUUUAUUCAAAGAACAUUUGAAUUUUUUAACCUUAAAAAAACCUUUUUUUGUCGCACUCUCUCUUUUACUUGCAAAAGUCGACGCACUAAAAAAUAAUAAACAGAAAUAUCAGUAUUUUUGUUUUUUUUUGGAUUAGUCACAUAUAUCGUUUUUUUUUCUCGUUAUUACACGAAACCUUAACUAAAUGGUUAAAAUCAACAAUGCAACUUUACAACGUGAUCAAAUAGAGGAUACAGCUGCCCCUCGAUUCGCUACCGAAGAAGAAAUCCUUGCUUCCUUUGGUUAUAAGCAGGAAAUGCACAAGACCAUGUCUACCAUAUCCAAUUUUUCUAUCGCUUUUGGAUGCUGUUCCAUCUUGUCUGGCUUAACUCCUAUGUGGGGCGAUGCCAUGAUGAGUGGUGGCUCAAUUGCGAUUAUUUGGGGAUGGAUUUUAGUAUCGGUCUUCACCUUUGGUGUGGGCUUGUCACUUGCUGAGAUUUGUUCUGCAUAUCCAGUUACAGGUGGACUUUAUAUCUGGGUGUCUCGUUUGGCACCUCCUGAAUAUAUGCCUAUUAUGUGCUGGUUGACAGGUUGGUGUAACUGGCUUGGUCUUACAGUCGCUAUUACAUCCGCCGAUCUUGGGUUGGCUCAAUUCUUAUCUUCCGUCAUUGCGCUUCAAAAUCCCGAUUAUGAAGCUGGUAUUUACUGGCAAUACGGCAUUUUCAUUGUCAUCCUGAUAGUUCAUGGUAUCAUCAAUUCCAUGCAUGUCAAAUACAAUGGUUUCUUCAACCAAACCUCACUUUACUGGCAUAUAUUUGGUACCUUCCUUAUUAUCGUUGUUGCACUUGUUUUGACACCUAAUAAGCCUAGUGCUAAAUGGGUCUUCACCUACUUUGAAAAUGAUACUGGUUUCUCCUCAAGCUCUUAUGCUUUCUUGAUCGGUCUUUUGCAGUCUCAGUAUACUCUUUCUGGCUUCGAUAGUGCUGCUCAUAUGUCUGAAGAAACCCGUGAUGCUGCCCGGUCUGCUCCUAAAGGUAUCCUAUAUGCUAUUGGUGCUGCUGCUAUCACAGGUUUUGUUUUCAUGCUUUCUGUAAACUUUUGUGUUCAGGAUUUUCAACGCCAAAUUGUUGAAACUACCAUCAGCCCGCAAAUGACCCAGGUCUUUUUAGAUGGUGUGGGUUAUAAAUGGACAGUUGUAUUUACCGUGAUUAUUAUGGGUGCCAUGUUCUUUUCUGGCUCGGCUUUAACGUUGGGUAGCUCUCGUAUGGUUUACGCUUUUGCUCGUGAUGGUGCCAUGCCAUUUAGUCGUUGGUUGAGUGUAAUCAACAAAUCUACCCAAACACCCAUUUAUGCUGUUUGGGCAAACAUUAUUUUUGCCGCUGUCGUAGGAUUGCUUUACAUUGUAAACACAACCGCUUUCAAUGCUAUCGUUUCCAUCAAUACCAUUGCAUCCUCGCUUGCCUAUUUCAUUCCUAUCGCUCUCCGAUUAACCGUCGCUCGCAAGAAGUUUAAGCGUGGCCCCUUCCAUCUUGGCCCUUUCUCUGACAUUAUUAAUUUUAUUAGCUGUUUCUGGAUUCUGUUUACCUCGGCCCUCUUUUUGUGUCCAACAGAGUACCCUGUCACGGCUUCGAAUAUGAAUUAUGCCUCUGUCAUUUUCGUUGCAGUCAUGAUUUGUUCCGUCUCUUACUAUUAUUUACGUGCUAAAGAAUGGUUCCAUGGUCCUGGUAAAAGUUUGGAAGACGAUCCUCAAUUGGAUCCUGUCAGUUUUGAUGACUCGUUUGAACCUGUCACAUUUACUUUGGGUAAACAGGAUUCUAGUAGUGCAUCUUUGGACCUUAAAAAAGGAUUAACUGCUACCAAGUAAAUAACCCUAUUUUCUUUAUCCCCCAUUUAUAUAUAUAUAUGACCUUUUUUUAAUGUAUAUAUCAACCGCUGGCCACCUCUCACCUUCUCCCCCCCCCUCCCUCUUUUUUUUUUCUACUACAUCAUACCUCAACUUAGAUUGUAUAUUUUAUUUCAUUUCUUUCUGUUAAAUAAAAAAGGAAAUGCAGCACGA